UCGGGUAAGUCCAACAUACAAGACCCUGUUGUACCUGUUGUAACAGUUUUCUUUUUCUCACAGUCCACAUUGGCUGCUGUCAAGAAUGCCUUGGCUGUCUCUCCCUGGUCUCUUCUUCACAGAGUCUACCAGAAUCAUUCUUCUUUUCCGGACAGUGGUUUGCUGGACAGUCGGGGGCGGAGAGGGGCUCCCAAAUUUCCAAGACUUCGUUACUUACCCGCCUUAGCUCACUUACGUACUUCCCGUUGUCCCUGAAAUGCUUUAACUUCCAUCGCGCCACCUUAGUAAAAUAAACUAAGCCCCAGCUUCUCUUGCCCAAACAGACAGGGUCUCUUCCGCUCAGCGGGACGUGGUGUUUACUAGCUCAUUCCGAUACCUCAAAUCCAGGCGCCUUGAAGCGCCCCUUGGACUUUCUGGGACCACGUGUGGCCUUUCCAUCUCAGAGGUGGCACUGCACCUUCCUCUCCAAACACCACACCGGUAAACCUCAGAUUGCUCUGCUGGUCCCACUCGCGGACUAGCGCGCCGGACCGGCCCAAAAAGGUUUCGCGGCCUGCGCAUGCGGACUGGGCGGCCUCACAGACGCCCGAUUGCCUCCCUCAGGCCCGCCGCUGCCGUUUGGAGAUAGCUGACAGCACCACGACCGACGGACGCAGCCUAGUGUGGUGCUUCCACGUUAUCCUAUCAGAGACGGGGCGGGGCGGCGGCCUCCACAGCCUAUCAGCGCGAACCACGACCCCGGCGAGCCUAGUAGGUGAGCGGCCAGGAAGAAGGCGAUUGGGCGGCGGUAGCGCUCCGGGGCGUAGCGUCGCCCGGGCCCCGCCCACCGCUGCUUUCCUUUGCUAGGCACCAUCCUCCGCCUAGGCCUGAGCGAGAGCCGACGGCGGGCGGGCGCAGCUGCAUCCUGAGCGCCGGCGCCGGCUGGUGGGCCGCGCACCCUUCCUUCUCUUCACUCCCCGCGCCCUCGGACAUGGUGGCCCCCGGCUCAGUGACCAGCCGGCUGGGCUCGGUGUUCCCCUUCCUGCUGGUCCUGGUGGAUCUGCAGUACGAAGGUGCUGAAUGUGGAGUAAAUGCAGAUGUUGAGAAGCAUCUUGAAUUGGGCAAGAAAUUACUUGCAGCUGGACAGCUUGCUGAUGCUUUAUCUCAGUUUCAUGCCGCAGUAGAUGGUGACCCUGAUAACUAUAUUGCUUAUUAUCGGAGAGCUACUGUCUUUUUAGCUAUGGGCAAAUCAAAAGCUGCACUUCCUGAUUUAACGAAAGUGAUUGAAUUGAAGAUGGAUUUCACUGCGGCAAGAUUACAGAGAGGUCAUUUGUUACUCAAACAAGGAAAACUUGAUGAAGCAGAAGAUGAUUUUAAAAAAGUGCUCAAAUCAAAUCCAAGUGAAAAUGAAGAAAAGGAAGCCCAAUCUCAGCUUCUAAAAUGUGAUGAAAUGCAACGUCUGCAUUCACAAGCACUAGAGGCUUUUGAAAGUGCAGAUUAUACCGCUGCUAUAACCUUCCUUGAUAAGAUUUUAGAGGUUUGUGUUUGGGAUGCAGAACUACGAGAACUUCGAGCUGAAUGUUUUAUGAGAGAAGGAGAACCCAGGAAAGCUAUAAGUGACUUGAAAGCUGCAUCAAAACUGAAGAAUGAUAAUACCGAGGCAUUUUAUAAAAUCAGCACACUGUACUACCAACUAGGAGACCACGAGCUGUCCCUCAGUGAAGUUCGUGAAUGUCUUAAACUUGACCAGGAACAUAAAAGGUGUUUUGCACACUAUAAACAAGUAAAGAAGCUUAAUAAGCUGAUUGAGUCAGCUGAAGAGCUCAUCAGAGAUGGCAGAUACACAGAUGCGACCAGCAAAUAUGAAUCUGUCAUGAAAACAGAACCAAGCAUUGUUGAGUACACAGUUCGUUCAAAAGAAAGGAUUUGCCACUGCUUUUCUAAGGACGAGAAGCCUGUUGAAGCUAUUAGAAUAUGUUCUGAAGUCUUACAGAUGGAACCUGACAAUGUGAAUGCUCUGAAAGAUCGAGCAGAGGCCUAUUUAAUAGAAGAAAUGUACGAUGAAGCUAUUCAGGAUUAUGAAACUGCUCAGGAACACAAUGAAAAUGAUCAGCAGAUUCGGGAAGGUCUAGAGAAAGCACAAAGAUUAUUGAAACAGUCGCAGAGACGAGAUUAUUAUAAAAUCUUGGGAGUAAAAAGAAAUGCCAAAAAGCAAGAAAUCAUUAAAGCAUACCGAAAAUUAGCAAUGCAGUGGCACCCAGAUAACUUCCAGAAUGAAGAAGAAAAGAAAAAAGCUGAGAAAAAGUUCAUUGACAUAGCAGCUGCUAAAGAAGUCCUCUCAGAUCCAGAAAUGAGGAAGAAGUUUGAUGAUGGAGAAGAUCCCCUGGAUGCAGAGAGCCAACAAGGAGGUGGUGGCAACCCUUUCCACAGAAGCUGGAACUCAUGGCAAGGCUUCAAUCCCUUCAGCUCAGGCGGACCAUUUAGAUUUAAAUUCCACUUCAAUUAAAUCAACUGUUUUUUUGCUCCUCUUCCUUAAUUUUUUAAAAGAUUAAAAACAAAAAACCUUGUUCUGGGAUCCUAAUGAAAAAAAUAAUCUCAAAUCUUUCAGUUUGUCCAUGACCAAAGAGUUGUUUUAAUAGGAAAAACCUAUUCUUAUCCAUGUUAGAUGUAAGGUUGACGGGGUCUACAAAGGCAGGGAGGCAAGGAUGGCUCUGUUUCUGACAAGCAGCCUGCAUGCACUGAGGAAUGUCGGGAAGUGGUCGGAGGCAGGCUCUCCUGUGGAAGCGCUCACGUAGGCUGUAUUUUUUGACACUGGCCCAUUCUUCUCUGGUGGAGAAAUUCUUCUGUUCCCAGACUUGCAUAACAAGUCAGUGCCUGUGUAAGUAGGAGCUGUAAUCUUCAGACUUGGCUAUGUUUUACAUGCUUAAAAAGAGUAUGAACAUUUUUAGGGACAAGUAUGUUAAGACAUGGUCAGCCCAGUCACUUGCAAGCUAGGUCUUCAGUGAACAUCUCUGCUAGUGUCAACAUUGCUGUCACUGAAGAAUGGGCAGAGUCCAUCUUUAAGGAAACCUGCCACCACACGAUAUGGUUAACACUAAUCCAAAGUCUAAACCUGGAUAUAUUUUCUUGUUCAGUACCUACCGAAUAUUGAAAGCCACUUAUACAUAAAUUCAAGUUAACACUUAUGGGCCCUUUUAAUUUUAAACAUAACAAAUCUGUAAAUAGGUUCAGAUAACAUAGCAGUGGUAUUAUUUAAAAUACUGCUGAAGUACAGACUGAAAUACCUUUUUUCUUGGUUGUUAGAAUUUCCUGUAACAGGAUUGGCUUAGAAAUGGAAAGUUGCUUAGUCAACAUGAAUAAACACAGAAUGCCAUGUUUCCUACUCUUACUAGAGUAGGGCAAUGUCUCCUUCUCCGCCCCUUCUAUGUGGGCCUGACCACCUGGACUGCGGUGACUCCCCUGUGGGACCUGUAGCUGGGGUGUGUCAACCGAUUGGCUUCUCUCCCAGAUCUCGAGGCCUUCUGUUCUCCUGCCUGGAAGGAAAUACAGGCCAAAAAUUGAGUCAGCUCUGGCUAUAUCAGUUCAUUUAUUAAGAUGUCACCUCUUGAGAUACCUUUAAGAAGAUAAGUAUAUAGACAAUGGUUCUCAACCUCUGGGUCGUGACCCCUUUUUAACAAUGAAAAUACAUUGCAGCAUUAGGAAGGUUGAGAACCACUGAUUUAAGAAGUUCAGUCUUUGUAUACUGGAUAAUUUUGGCCCAAAAAAAUGAGUAUUACUUUAAUCAAGAACAUUGAAUAUUUAUGGAACUACUGAUGCUCUGUUUAAAAUCUGAGAGAAUUACCUUAGAAAAGAAUUAUUACUUUUAUUCUGGAAAGUUUUUUGCUUUUGCUUUGAAGCAGUUUGAAGCAUUUUAAAAAUUAAAAGGUCUAACAUACAGUUUUUCUGAAAUCUAGCAUUUUAAUUAAUUGUGGGAGGUAUCCUGACCACAGACAUCCACAAUAGCCAAGCACAAGUCAUUUUCUUCUACAGUCAUAUCCUGAAACAUAUGCAGAAAGAAUAUUUUUUAAUGGAGGGACAAAAAACGCAUAGUUGAAUAGAGCAAAACACUUAGGUGUUUUUUGUAUUUGAGUCUAUUUCCAAUAAACUUAAUAAUGCAUUUCGAAAACUAGUGAACAGCUUGCAGCUUUCAUUUUGUUUUAAUGUCUCAUUUCAAGCCAGUGUGAAAAUAAUUUCCAAGGGAAAUUCAUUUUUGUCUACUUUUUACUGUUAGUAAUCUCAUUACUUCACUAGUUGCAGCAACAAUAUUUUUUUUAAGUCUAGUUCCUUUUAUGUAUAUCUCUGGGAUCUCUCUGAAACACAGUAAAGAACUUUCACACAAUCAGAAAAACAGAAAAUAUCAGGUCCCUUGCCCUUCCAUUUAGAGGAGAGGAUGAAAGGUGCUAAGAGGAAGGAGCCAGAGCGCGCUGGGGAUGUUGAGGGCUGGGCUGCGUGGGACACGUGUCCGGGACCUCGCUGUCUACCACCUGCUGCCUGGAGGCUUGUUUGCAUUUUCAUUUUUUCCCCACUUGUACCAACCAUGAUUUCUGUCCCUAAAGUCUUGCCAUGGAGUUAGGGAUCUUAACUGAAACAGUUAGAGAGUUACUUGCCUGUUUUCAGUGAAGAGAUAGAAGCAACUCUGGUGCCAUGUGCCAAUGCCACAGAGGAAAAUGACUUCGCUGCAAUCUGUCGUGUUGUGAUUAAUGAAGAACGUAAGGACCCCUGAGUGCCAUCCUUGACAGCCACUAGCAGUCUCCUGGUGUACACCCAAAUGGAAAGACAGUCACUCCAUGCUUUCCUCAUAGAGUGACUGAGAAAAAUCCUGGAUGUGAAAAGGGACAGAAGUCUUUCCUCCUGCCUGCUUGACACAGGAUAUGAUUGGGCCUUAUAGAAACGCUCUACUGAACCAGCAUUUUACUUUUGGGGGAGGGGUCUACUUCCACUUUUCUUUGGAGACGGCAAAUGCAAGGUAACCCCGUGGCUCUUUCAGGACAAGUAAAUCAUUCUUAAACUCUGCCUUUCCUUUUUGGUGACUUCUACAAAUGGAGUUAACAUCACAGAUAUUUUCACAAAAAGAAGUAUUAAACAUAUCAGUCUGGAAGCAUUGUAAAAAUGUUCUAAAAACAGAGACUAAUUCAUUUCUCAGUUCUGAAAUUUGUGCUUUCUUAACACAAAUAGACAAAAACUUGAAAACAAUUCUAGUAGUUUACUAAUGUGAAUCGGAUAUAACAUAAUGCCAAUUUUAAAUGUCUUUAGUCAGUAUUAAAAGUCUUUUUAAAAUCAGUAUGAAGACAAAUUUUUGGAGCCCCGAUAAUGCUAUUUAAAAACUGCUACCCAGUUUUUUAAAAAGAAAAAUGUUACUGAUAACCAGCUAGAAAAGGUAGCCAAUAAAAUCACAACUUGAAAUUGCACCAUUUUCUACUCUUGGUGGAUAAUGAAACAUUUCACCUUUCAAGGCAUGAAGUCGGCCAGUUGUAUUUGACGUUUACCAUGGAGAAGUGCACAAGAGGUGUAGUUAACAAUGGCUCCAUGGUCAGGUCUGUGUUGGAGCCCAUAGCCUUACAGAUACAGGGUGCUAGCGAUAGGCUCUAGGUUUUCACUGAGUGCAAAUCAAUAUGAUAACCUAAAGAAAGUCAUGCAACAUUGCUGAAUGCAGUUGACUUUUCCAUAUUUAUAAAGGAAGAAGGAAGACAAAUGCUAAUUUGUCAAAGAAAAAAAAACCUUUUCCUAAAUCAGGUCUUUCCUUUGUUAGUGUUAGUUUAUCCUGUGAUUUCAAAUGAUGUUAAGAGGUGGGAGCUAUUUGGGUUUUUGUUUACAGAUGAUCUCAUUUGCUGAAUGAUUUAAGAGUAAAAUUAGCCACCACGUGGCUUUGUGUAUAAAAGCAAGUUUUGUGGCACUUGUCUGCGGCUGGAACACUUACAUGCAGUGGAAAGCAGAGCACGGAGGAGGGAAACAUCGGGGCUGUUUUAUAAGUUAAAAUAUUAUUCUUACCAUACAGUUAUAGUUCGUUUUGAAUGAGAUAAGACUAAGUAACUUAAUUCAUUUCAACUUAGUGUUUUAAUAAAUAAAGGAACCUAAUAAUAUUUGAAAUGGGUCUCAGACAUGUCUACAAAUAUGGGUACUAUUUUUAUGCCCGUGUAUUUUCACAUUUAAUAAAAAUAUUUAUGGUCAUAUCAGUA